AUGCCUCAACAUGCACAGCAAGAAGAUCCUCGAAAUGGGCACGCAAACAAGAGGGAGGACGCCAAGUCCGAUGAUGGCUUCCCCACCUACCAGCUUACUAUCCUCGCUAUCUGCCGCUUCUCAGAGCCUAUAGCGUUCAACUCAAUUCUCGCUUACACCUACAUUAUGGUGCAGGACCUCAAUGGUACGGACGUUAAUGCUUCGUUCUACGCCGGACUCCUCGUCUCCGCCUACGCGGUCGCCGAGGCCCUGACGUCCAUGAUAUGGGGAGCAGUGUCAGACCGAUAUGGACGGAAGCCCGUCGUAUUGAUUGGCCUGUGUGGAGUCGCGAUUUCCAGUCUCAUUUUCGGCCUGGCCAAAACAUACUGGGUGGCGCUGUUGGCACGUUUUGUUGGAGGAAGCUUGAAUGGGAAUGUGUCUGUGAUGCAGACCAUGGUGGCGGAGAUGGUCAAGAAGCCAGAACACGAACCACGAGCAUAUGCUGUCCAGCCGUUUGUCUGGUUCCUUGGCAGUAUUAUCGGGAGCGCGAUGGGUGGGUAUCUGGCGCAGCCUGCAAAGUUCUAUCCUGACAUUUUCCCCGAGGAUGGACUUUUUGGGCAAUACCCGUACCUUCUUCCAAACCUGGUCUCGGUCGCGGUCAUUGUCAUUGCGGUCAUUCAGGGAAUUAUCUUCCUAGAUGAAACAAAUCCCCAGUUCAUCAAGGGCCGCCAAGAGCAAUUACAUGCAACAGAUGGCGAGGAGGACGACGAGAUUACUCCUCUGAUUCGGACCGUCAGCCAGCCUAGGUCCAUCAUGGAAGAGAUUCGUCAUGGCAGCAGACCCAUCGUGGCGGAGGAAGGGCUGCCGACAGCAACGGAUCAGCGGUUUGACCUGCGGCACAAUUCUUUUGGCACUAUGCACUCAAUACAAGUCCGACCCGAAAUUGAGGACUUGCAGCAAGACCAUCCACAGGCAACAAGCCCGGUGAAAGGCCAAGACAAGGCUUUCAACUUUGCUGUCAUCAUGCUCAUCCUCGCUCUUGUCAUUGCCGCUUUUCAUCAGAUGGCAUUCGGUGCUAUCCUCCCGAUUUAUCUGCUCGACUCGCCAUCCUACAACUCAACCAUGGCCCGCUCACCUCAAUUGGAUCUCACAGGCGGCAUGGGCUACAGUCUGCACGACGUCGGGGGCUUCCUUGCAGUAAACGGUUUCAUCGCUUUGUUUAUACAAGGCGUAAUCUUUCCGUUUUUCGUCGAGGGCACCGGCGUUUGGCUGUCGUUCCUGCUGCCGACCAUUCUUUAUCCACUUUGCUAUGUCCUGAUGCCUUUCCUCUCACUACUAAGGCCCGUGGGACAGAGAGACGGGGAACCCGACUCUGUGUACCUGUCAGCCGGGAUAUACGUCACGUUGUUCCUGCAAAACUUCGCCGGCAUUAUCCUCACACCCUGUGCGCUGAUUCUACUUAAGAACGCUUGCCCAUCCCCCUUAGUCCUUGGCCGUGUGAACGGUCUUGCGAUGAGUGCUGUUUGCAUAGCGCGAACGAUCAGUUCACCGCUAGUUGGAGUUUUCUAUGAUGCCGGAGGGAGCGCCACUGCUUGGGGCAGCUGUGCCGUGGUCGCGGUGUUGGGUGUUAUUCAGCUUUGGUGGGUUCCAAAAGAUAAGGUGGUGGGUACUGGCCCAGAGGCAGUGGAGGUGCACGUAGAGAGCGCAUUUGUUGGUCAUCAUGAACAUCGAGGAGCUGCUAGCGAUGCUGCUGUAUUCGAUGACGAGGAAGAUAGGGAUAGGGAAAGAAGCUAG